AUGGAGGAUGAGGCAUUUGUAGACGAACUUGCUUCGCUUUUGAAAGUACCUCCAAAAGAUGAGAUAAUCCAAUAUGCAAAGACAUUUCAAAAUGAGAGAGACCUAGAUACAUAUUUGAGAGAUAUUUUAGCUACUGAAUAUAAUGCAAAUCUGAGUGCAGUUAAAAGAUGUUUGGCACUUUGGAAGCCUGCUAUCCUUCCUGGUUUAACUUACGAGGUGUCAAAAGAAGAUCCUUUUUCUUUUCAAAAGAACAAAUCAGGUGCAAACAAUAAGAAUUCGAACAGUUCUGUAGGAAAUCAAGUUAAAAUGAAGAGAAAAGAUGUUCCAAAAAUGAUUAUCACAGAGAAAUCAUCAGCUGUGCCAUACAAAGAACAAGAUCUACCAGAGCAAGGUUUGUUGAGAGAGCAAAACCACAAUGGAAGGAAAGACAUGCCACACGAUGUAAGAAAAAGAGAGAUCAAUGCAAAAACAAAGAAAAAGUCACCAAAGUUUGUAUCAUUGUACACAUCUGAAGGAAAAAGCCGAGCUGAGGAGAUAAUGGUAGUGCCAGGCAGGCAUGGAUGUGAGUGUGCAGGACAGAAACAUAAGUUGAUUUCGAACUGCCUUGAGUGUGGAAGGAUUGUUUGUGAACAAGAAGGCUCAGGACCAUGCCAUUUUUGUGGAAAUUUAGUAUGUACUGGUGAAGAACAAGAAAUCUUAGCAAGAAACUCUAGGGCUAGUGAGAAGUUGUAUGAAAAGCUAAUGACUAAAUCAUUAGAAAAACGACAAGCAGAUUUAGACCAAGCAAAGGCACUGAGAGACAAACUUGUUGAAUUUGAUAGGACAAGUGCAAGACGGACAAAAGUUAUUGAUGACCAGGCUGACUAUUAUUCUGCAGAUAGCAAAUGGUUGUCCAAAAGUCAAAGGGAGAAGGCCAAAAAUAAGGAGCAGGAAUUAGCCAAUACUAAACACAGAUCAAGGCUAGAUAGGAGGUAUGUUCUUGACUUUGCAGGCAGAGAGGUAAGAGAAGACAGUGUAGGAAAUAGUUAUUUUCCACCAGAUGCAGAAGAUGCUGAGAUGCAAGAUGUUUAUCAUCAUAAUGAACCAGAUGUACCUAAGGCAGUUGAUAAUACUGAUCCAAGGCUUAAAAUGUCUGCACCUGUUUUUACUGGAGCUGGCAAGGUUUCUUCUUCAGCUGACAAAGAACAACCGAUUGUUAAAAAAAAUAUCAGAAGUUCUCUCAGGUUACAGGAUGAUGAAAUUCAGAAAAUAAGUGACCAAGGCCUUUGUUUAAGCAUGCAUCAGCCAUGGGCAAGUCUGUUAGUAAUGGGGAUCAAGACAGUGGAAGGAAGAUCUUGGUAUACUGCACACAGAGGGAGGCUCUGGAUUGCAUCAACAGCAAAGGCUCCAGACAGAGAUCAAAUUAAAAUGGUAGAGGAACAAUACAAGUCAUUAUAUGGCCAUUAUGUUGAAUUUCCAGAGAAUUAUCCUUCAGGGGCACUUUUAGGAUGUGUAGAUGUGACUGACUGUGUUAGUCAAGAAGAAUACAAAAAGAUGGAUGGGGAUACUACAGAAUCUGGUUCGGAAUUUGUAUUCAUUUGUGAUAAUCCUAUUGAACUACUAAUUAAAGUUCCAGUUAAAGGAAAACAUAAGAUUUGGAAAUUAGAUACCCAGAUACACAAAUUAGCAAAAAGUACUAUAAUGAAUCAGUAGAAAUUUCUAAUCAAUUAAUUGAGUCAAUGAAGAUUAUACUUUUUAC